AGGAACAGAAGUCAUUACUACAAUUAACAGAGGAGCAAACACUUGCAAACCAAUGAAGCCGAGCAAACGAGAGAAAAAUGGUGUAUAUGUGUCGACAGAUCCUAGGCCUGUCCCUGGCCAUUAUUGGUUUCUUGGGAGCGAUUAUUGUUUGUGCCCUUCCCAUGUGGAAGAUGACUGUGUUAUUUGGAGCCAACUUCGUGACAGCACAGAUCGUCUGGGAGGGCUUGUGGAUGAACUGUGUGGUCCAGAGCACAGGACAGAUGCAGUGCAAAAUCUACGACUCGCUCCUGGCUUUACCUCAGGACUUGCAGACUGCUCGGGUGCUUGUGAUCAUCGCCAUCAUUAUCUGCCUCUUUGCGCUCGUCCUGGGGAUUGCCGGUGGAAAAUGCACAAACUUUGUCAAGAGGGAAGACAGCAAGGCAAAGGUGGCUAUCGCCAGUGGUGUGAUCUUCAUCGUCGCUGGAGUGUUGGUCCUCGUCCCCGUCUGUUGGUCAGCUAACACCAUCACCAAUGAUUUCUACAAUCCCCUUCUCUCAGUUGCCCAAUGGAGGGAGUUGGGGGCCUCUCUCUAUAUCGGAUGGGCUGCAGCUGUGCUGCUGAUCCUUGGAGGAGGCAUUCUGUGCAGCUCCUGCCCACCCAAGAAAAGAGAUUAAAUAUGUUCUGAUAAUA